CCAGAGUCAGGUGACACACACAGCUACUCUUUAAUAACUGCUUGUCUUUUUUUGUAUUUCAAUCCCAAAGAAAAGUUUGGUGGCACUUUUAAGGGGGUUUAGUGCAUAUAAAUGACAUGUACUCUGUGCGUAAUGGCGCAGAUAGACAUUAUAAUAACAGACCUGAGUCAUCACCUGUGUCCAGGUAAAGAGGGCCUCCUCAGGUGUAUCAAUGUCCUCGCGGGCAUGGACCUCCAGAGGGGCACUCUGAGCAGGGAGUCGCGUGAGGAGCAGGCAGGAGCCGGGCUGGACGCGCUGGUGUCCGGGGAGGCCUCGCGCAUGGCCCGGCUCAACGAGCAGUACAAAGAGCGGUUCGGGUUCCCGUUCGUCAUCUGCGCCCGGAUGAGCGACAAGACGAACAUUUUACGGCAGCUGUCCGAGCGCUGUCAGCACGAGCGCACGGUGGAGAGGGAGCGCGGCAUCGAGGAGGUGAAGAAGAUCGGCCGCCUGCGUCUCCAAGGCCUCGUGCGCCAUGACGCACCAUGACCCUACACAUGCUUUUUGUUUUACUCCAAAUGUAUGUGUGCCAUUCAUCCAUUCAAUAAAGGAUGUGGAUCACUGA